GGGGAUGUACCUUUAAGAGCGGAGACAGCUCCUGUUCUCCUCCACCCUCCGCUCUCUUCAGCGACGCUUCACAACAUCGCUUCAACCAAAUAACGAGACGCGAAUGAACGCGCGAACCGUUUUGCAGGUUUGUGGAGCCUGUUUGACUCAGAAAACUAUGGACCAGGUGUGACCUUGUAUCAUCUCUUUCAUCGACCCCCUGUUUUCUAUCAAGAUGGCGUCAUGUGUUUCCGGCUGCUCUCCGGUGGUGAGGUUCUGUCAGAAACUGAACAGGCUGAAGACGCUGGAGGAGGACGUGAUGGCGACGUCACUCAAGCGCUGUCUGUCCACAGUGGACCUCGCGCUGCUCGGUGUUGGAGGAAUGGUGGGCUCGGGCCUGUAUGUUCUCACAGGAACUGUUGCUAAAGACACCGCAGGGCCCGCUGUAGUAGUGUCUUUCCUCAUAGCCGGAGUAGCGUCACUCAUGGCAGCGCUGUGCUAUGCUGAGUUUGGUGCCCGUGUACCAAAGACAGGCUCUGCCUACAUGUUUACAUACGUCUCUGUUGGGGAGAUCUGGGCGUUCCUCAUUGGCUGGAAUGUGAUCUUGGAGUAUAUGAUUGGCGGGGCAGCAGUAGCUCGUGCGUGGAGUGGAUAUCUGGACUCUAUUUUCAAUCACCGCAUCCAGAACUUCACCGAGAGUCAUGUGAUGCGUUGGGAUGUGCCCUUCAUUGCUCAUUACCCAGACCUCCUAGCGGCUGCUAUUCUCCUAGUAGCUUCCUUCUUCAUUUCAUUUGGCGUUCGCGUCUCCUCUUGGCUCAACCACAUCUUCUCAGCCAUCAGUAUGGCAGUCAUUGCCUUUAUCUUGGUUUUUGGCUUCGUACUGGCCGAUCCAGUUAACUGGAGCGCUCGGGAGGGAGGCUUUGCCCCCUUCGGACUUUCAGGCGUCCUGGCGGGAACUGCGACGUGCUUCUAUGCCUUCGUCGGCUUUGACGUGAUAGCGGCUUCCAGCGAGGAGGCCAGCAAUCCUCAGAGGGCUGUUCCUGCAGCGACUGCCAUCUCCCUGGGCCUGGCAGCCACGGCGUAUGUGCUGGUGUCCACAGUUCUCACGCUGAUGGUUCCGUGGCAUACGCUCGACCCUAACUCAGCUCUCUCAGAUGCCUUCUUCAGACGAGGAUAUAGCUGGGCCGGGUUCAUCGUGGCUGUAGGAUCAAUCUGCGCCAUGAACACUGUGUUGCUCAGCAACCUCUUCUCUCUCCCGCGGAUCGUGUAUGCUAUGGCUGAGGAUGGCCUUUUCUUCUCUGUCUUUUCCCGUGUCAACCCUGUAACCAAAGUCCCGGUGAUCGCCAUUCUCGUUUUCGGCAGCCUUAUGGCAAUCCUUGCCCUCAUCUUUGAUCUGGAAGCACUGGUUCAGUUCCUCUCUAUUGGCACUCUGCUUGCUUACACGUUUGUAGCGGCCAGUGUCAUAGUGCUCCGCUUCCAGCCGGAUAAAAGCAGCGGGAGCUCAGGAGGAGGUGGACUCAAGACAGACGCUUCAUCCACACCUUCGAUAAACCAGCCUGGACAGCAAGUGGACCCGUCCACGGUGACGAACGAGACCCAGACCUUUGCGCAGGACGGUGGAGAGAUGAAGGAGUAUGAGUCCUUCUCAGAUAAACUUCAGCUGGUGGAGCGGCAGAAGACUGUGAAGGAGAGACGGGCUCCUGGCGUGCUGAAGGCUGGCUGGGAGCCGUAUCUGGGCAGGAUACUGGGGGACUGCGAGCCAGGCGAGGUGGUGGCGUUCUCUGUGCUCGCUCUGAUGGUCAGUGGAGUCUCUCUUUGUGCUGUGCUGGUGUUCGGGAUCAACCAGCUGAAUCUGCCUGUGUGGAGCUUCACCCUGCUGCUGGUCAUCUUCAGUCUGGUCUUCCUGCUCAGUCUGGCUCUCAUCUGGGUCCAUGAACAGCAGCCCAGUCAGAAGACUUUUCAGGUUCCUCUGGUGCCAUUUAUUCCUGGCUUCAGCAUUCUUCUAAAUGUAUUUCUCAUGCUGAAGUUAAGUCCUCUCACCUGGAUCCGUUUCACCAUAUGGGUCGCAGCAGGUCUUCUGGUGUAUUUCGGGUAUGGUAUAUGGCACAGUAAGGAGGGUUUGCGGGAGCAGCAGGGGCAGGACGUGGCGGCGCGUUACGUGGUCCUUCCCAGCGGCAGCCUGGUGGAGACCGUCCAGAACGUCCAGCCUGAAGGACACACACUCAGCGCGCACACACCGCCCCACGACAACCCACCUGUCAGCAGAUGAUCUGAUCACGCUGAGGUGUGUUUACAGUACACCUGCAUGCCUGCCUGUUCUACUUGCUUUUCUUCCUCUUCAGUUUACUGACAACAUGUCAGGAUAAACCGUUAAUCAAAAAAGAUGGUUUGAAGAAAUAUUCCAGGUACAGUAAUAUUUGUGGCAUAAUGUUGGUUACCACAAAAAAAGGGUAAAUGGGGUGAUUUUGGAGCAUUUUCUUGUUUGUUUUUUUUGUCACCAUAAUGAUUAAAUACAAUUUUAAUAUAUAUAAUAUAAUUUUAAUAUAAAAAUUUUUGUGGUAAUCAUUACUAUGCCACAAAUGCUGCUAAUUAGUCUUAUCUUGUACUGACCCCAGCAUACUUUUUUGUAUUGAAGCGACUAGUAUUAACUUCCUUGUUCACCAUCCUAAUCAACAACGGGCCGUUUCUUUCUCUUUCUUUCUUACAUAAUAUAUCUACACUGUUUAGCUACUUUUAGCAGCCAUGCUGACUUGAAUGUAAAUUAUAUAUGAGAGUCAGCAAAGUGCACCAUAACGCCGCGGCCCAACUGUAUCCAGCAUCUCCAUUGUCUUUUAUGGUGUUUACAUAGAGCCGAAUGGAUCCCCACUGCUGCUCUGUGAAAGCUGAAACCUUUAAGAGAAGCUGCUGUUUAUCAUUCAAACACUGAUGUAAGUUGCCGCUUGAGCAUAUUCUAAAGGAAACAUUAUUCGUGUAGUCUAAACACCGAAACGCUCAGAUAUGAUUUUUCUACAAUGCAAGAGAUUGUGGCUGUGAUUUGGAGAUAUUUUUAUUGUUUCUGCAUGAAUGCUGACAAUCACUGGUGGUUAGACAGUACACAUGAGGUCUUAGCGAAUGCUGUUAAGAGAGAUCAUGCGGUUCUACUCAAAUCUUGUCUCCUUUUCCCAUCACGGCCCACACACACACUUCGAUUGUCAUAAUUUAACACAAGUCAGAAAAUCACGUGAAUGUACCUAAACAUUACUAUACGCACACACACAUUAUUUUUGCAGUCUGGGUCACAAACACACAGCCUAAGCACACACUAACUGGCUCAACAUGUUUGGUUUUCUAUCACUUCUCUGCACCUCUUUAUUCAUUAUUUAUUUUUAUUUUAGAAUACAGCAUAUUUAUUUAUUUUUCCGUACAUACUUUAACCAAAAUCACGUUUUAAUAAUAAUUAUUCGUGAUGUUAAAAAGAAUCCGUUUUUUUUCUUUGUACGAUAAGCUUAGCAUGAACCGCCUAACUGGGUAAUCAUGUUUCAUCUGUGUCCGCUGACACACCUCACCGGCCUUACCUUUGCAAACACACUAACCCUGGUGUUCACUAAUCCUUCUUCUCACAUCUCAUGUGACUUUCACACACACCGAACUGCCCUUAUUAUCACAAACACUGACAGAGCUGGAGCAUUUACUUGGAACCGUUACCUUUAAAACUAGCUGUUUAUUUUUAGCUGCCGGGUCAGUGACAUUUAUUUUGUUUUGCUUGGUUUGGUUUUUUUGUCCAGAACUAUUAUUUAUUUAAAAAUGCAUUUAUAAUGGCUUUAAUAUACCAUGGUAUUUUAUUUCUAAAAAAACGGUAGCGUGAAGAAAUGAAAAAAAAUAUUAUGACAACUGUCCCCAUAUCAGAAAGAGAGGGGAAAGCCUUAUUAAAAAAUGUAAUUAUUAAAUAAUAACUAAUAUUUUAUUGUUUUAAAGCAUUCCUCCUCUUUUUCGAACACUUUUAAUUGUCAUUGGCCCAGCUCCAUGUGUAAAAAUUGAGUUUUAGAAUUUGCAAUGACCCGUAUAAUUAACUCAUUUUAAUUUUAUAGAAUAAUACAAUUAUAAUCACAUUCUUCAGAAUUUCUGGCACCCUUGAUCACCACCGUGCCCUUCUGAGUGCUUCAGUUUGUGUUGCUCUCAGUGAACCGUCCCUGUUAGCAGUAAGUAUAAAUCUGCCUUGGAAGGGAACAUGUAAGUCAAUGAAUAAUAGUCAUCUGUACACCAAUAGAAUAUUCUCAAAAGCACAGAACAAAUCCUUUUCAGCACAAGCACAGCAGAAGAGUGCGGUUUAUAUGCAGUGGAUGCUGGAUAUUAUGCAGAAGCAAAGAUGAGAUUUUUCCCCUCACAGGCCCCUGUAAUCUCCCCCUCCCCUCCCUCACAGAUUGACCCAGAUUAUCUCUGUGCAUCUGGAGAUUAUGACUGCCGCUCAGAUAGCGCUGCACGCAUUCACAAACGCUUCUUUCUGUCUUUAUCUAAACCUGUAGAAAGCCAGCAAAGCAUAAAACUCGUUUACUUGAAUCCAAAUAUGAUUUAAACGCAAAGAUGAGUACAUUUCCACAAACGAUUAGCACUCUCUUUUUGUAUAUACAGUAAAUGCAAAACUAAACGCUCCCUCAAACGCCGAUUAGAAUGAAAGACAACGUUGCCCUUCAUUGAGUGCACUGGUGUUCAGACCCCUUCGAUGGAGGUUUAUUCUCUCAGCCUGUUUCCUACUUUCAUUAGCAGCCGUCUCAAAUUUGUAUCCAAGCCUGUCUGCCAGUCCAGCCUGCCGUCUAAUCCACUUCACGUCUUACUGGCAGCCAUGCUUAGUUGUGCGACGCAUACGUGAAGACUAGUAAACGAAGGCACAAGAUCCAGUUAUGAUGUACUUGCUCGAUUUGUUUUUGUAAAUACAGCACAUGUAACCAAUGGCCUUAAUGAUGCAGAUACUGAAGCAUUCCCAAAGUUUUACAUACAGCUACUGUAGACUACAGUCUUAUUUGUAAUUUUUGUGGUAUUUAAUAGUGUCAUUCAAUCAAAGAAGAAAAUGAUUCUAAAGCUGGGAUCUGGUUUUAAAGGACUUUUAUUAUUUUUUUGGCCUGUCCUCUUUCUACAGCUUCUGUACGUCAGGUUGUUUUAGCCUAUGCCCUGCUCACUUGCACUGUCAUCUCUUUCCGAAAGCACCACUUGUUAAGAAAUUUCCUCUUUGUUGUGUCACUGAACAUAUUAUCUCUGUUUUGUGUCUUUGUAUGAUUCUGUUAUGAGAUUGUAUCACGUGAUGAAUAAAGGUUUUGAAGCAUCA